UUUUCCAGGGAGGCCGGCCCCUGACAUUUUGUAUUAAACCUUUACUUCAGUUCAUAAAUGAGAACCACUCAGAAACCGAGCGAUUAAACCAGACCUACAUUUAAAAUUUAGGUUUUAUUUGCAGAACGAGUGGAUGGAAGUAGUGAGAAAAGUCCGGGAGGUGUUCUUUUUGUCUGCACUGAGCCAGACGAGGCCUCCUGAGAAGCCUCCCCGCGAAGAGAGGCCAUCCGAAGUGAGGCCCCACGUAGAAGGGCAACCCGAGGAAAGGCCCCCUGGAGAGAGUCCCCCCGAAAAUGGGCCACCCGGAGAGAGGCCCCCCGAAGAGAGGCCACCCGGAGAAAGGCCUCUGGUCAUCCCAAAAGAGGAGCAUGAGCAUAGCGUAGAGAAAAGCGAUUCGGAUUAUGAUAUAUUCGAGGGUAUUAAACCAGAACUGGAAGUAGAAGAUACCAACGUAUUCGACGGGAGCCUGGAAGACCCAUUCGCGUCCAUUGGACCUCAGGUGAACAAUCGAUUACCCGCGCCCCGAUUGCGCUAAUUUGUAAUCUCUCCAAUUCGUUCGUGUUUCGUCUGCAGUCACGCUCCAUUUUCAUUCCAGCUGAUGUACAAUUCGGUAUCGCGGUAAAGUUCACGCGUAAACAAAAAAGAAACAACGGAACUAUGAACUUUUCAUUAAAAGUCCGAACACCUUUUAAACUAAAACACAGAAAAUAUUCGUGAAGCGUUUGACUUGCGUGUGAGAAAACGUAACCUUCUGUCAGCUUUUACUCAAGGCGCCGUUGCGCUGCUAUUACGUUACAGCUUCGUUUGAACUACAUAGUUGUCACAACGACACCGCGAUACGAAUAUGUCAAAACAGUUGAUGUUCGUCAAUCGUCAUGGUCCAGUCGCGUUUCAGUUGAAAAUAUUUAGCGUAAUCGGGGCGCCGCACCGGUCGAGUUAACUGCGCAACUGG